UAAAUAUGGUGGUCGACCUUUUUUGACAUUUUGCAUUUCCAUCCAGGUGUCUGUGUACGCAACAUCGCUAAAGUUAAUCACUGAUCGUGUUUUUAGUCCAGAGACCCAUCAGGGAUCUUUUUCUCGUGAAUAAAAUGAACGGUACGAUCAAGAGUGGUUCCACCAACCAGACGCAAGCUUCUGGUCAUGUUCAGAUGGGGAAAACGACACCGUACAACGGACUGCACAGGAAGAUGACGAGAACGGACCAGUCGAAAUCUUCGUACGAGCAGGUUCCGCUGCAUACUGCAUGCUUUACCUAUCUCGGAUUCUAUCUGUUGAUGAUACUGGGAUACAUAAACCAGCUGUUCUUUACACCAAAAGUAGCAACGGAAAAGCAUCGAGAUGGUUACGUGCCACUUUACGAUGCGUUUGAAAAGUUCUAUCUGCGCUACGUUUACCGUCGCGUGAAAGAUUGCUGGAACAGACCUAUUUGUAGUGUGCCGGGUGCAGAAGUCGUACUGAAGGAUCGAAUUACGAAGGAUUACGGCUGGUCGUUUGAAUUUACUGGAACGGAAACAAAGUGUCUGAAUUUGGGUUCGUACAAUUAUCUUGGGUUUGCACAGAAUGAAGGCCCUUGUGCAGAUGAAUCGGAAGAAUGCGUCCGAACACAUGGUUUAGCAGCGUGCAGUUCCCGCAGGGAGUUAGGAACGAAUCCAUUGCACAAUGAGCUUGAGGCGCUGACUGCAAAAUUCCUAGGCGUCGAGGAUGCGAUUGUAUUUGGCAUGGGCUUUGCCACGAACUCCUUGAACAUUCCAACACUUAUUUCACCGGGUUGUUUAGUGGUUAGUGAUGAGAAGAAUCACGCGUCGAUCAUCUUAGGAUUAAGACUAUCCGGUGCCACGCCAAAGGUUUUCAAACAUAACAACAUGGUUGACCUGGAGCGUGUUUUGCGGGACUCAAUUAUAGCUGGCCAGCCGGGCAGUGGUAAACCGUGGAAAAAGAUUCUUAUAAUAGUGGAAGGUGUUUUCAGCAUGGAAGGUUCGAUCGUAAAGCUACCCGAGAUCGUUGCCCUGAAGAAAAAGUACAAAGCUUACAUUUAUCUGGACGAAGCACACAGCAUCGGUGCCACUGGACCGUCGGGACGCGGCGUUUUGGAUUAUUACGGCGUUAACCCGAACGAUAUUGACAUUUUAAUGGGAACGUUUACGAAAAGUUUUGGUUCAGCCGGUGGAUACAUUGCGGGUAAUAAGAAACUUAUUAACUUCCUAAGAGUGCACAGCCACGCACACUGCUACGCAAGCUCGAUGUCUCCGCCCGUAACGCAGCAAAUUUUAACGUCAAUGAAAAUUAUUCUCGGAAUGGAUGGAUCAUCCGAGGGCCAUAAUCGUAUUUCACAGUUGGCCAGAAACACGCGCUACUUCCGAAAACGAUUAGCGCAAAUCGGAGUAAUUACCUACGGACAUGAGGAUUCUCCCGUAGUUCCUAUGCUGGUGUACCUGUUUUCGAAGAUUGGGGCCGUAGUUAGAACACUGACUUCUAAAAACAUUGCCGUCGUUGGUGUCGGGUUCCCUGCGACUCCAAUCAUGGAGGGCCGUAUCCGCUUUUGCUUAUCGGCUGCACAUACGAAAGAGCAGCUCGAUUACGCGCUCUCGGUCAUCGACGAUAUAAGCGAUACGCUGGGGUUAAAGUAUUCUCGCAAACCAAGAAAUGUUAAUCCCAUCGAGUAUUAAAUGCCACAACAAAGCACAUUCUGCACAGUGUUAUAAGUUUUAGUUAAAGGUGGGUGGAUUUUUCUUUUUAAAUUAAAAAUAGAAUGCACAACCAAGCUCGGUCAAUCGUAACGGUAAAAAAGGAUCGGGGAUAGAACCGACAUAACGUAUUAAACAAAAAAAAAAACAAAACUUUAAGUCAAACAAUGCUUUAGGUUUGCGCUUUCGGUCUCUUCCACACCAGUAUAUAUUCACUAAUAAACGUAUAAAAUACA